AUGGCGACACCAGUACCGUCCACCGACGACGAUGCAUGGAUGUUGGAGCCGAUCCCUUGUGCCCACCCACCCACAAAACCACCUGCCCACGUCUACGACACCAUCAUUACCGUCGCGGUCGGACCCGAUGACGCCAAGAAAAAGUUCAAGAUCUAUCGGGGACUACUGUGUCACUUCUCAAGCUAUUUCGAUCGCAUGCUGAAUGGAUCGUUCCGGGAAGGCGGCUCGACCUAUCUUCGUCUCAGGGAUGUCGACGCCUCAACCUUCCACGUCUUCUACUAUUGGCUCAACUCUGGAAUUGUGGACUUCACCAACGGUGACGCAUCAACCGCAGCAAGUCGAAUUUGGAAGAACGCUAUUGAUGCCUACAUAUUCGCCGACUUUCAUCAGGCGCAAGUCUUCAAGAACGCUCUCUUCGAUUCUCUGUACCUCUACUCCGAAAAAAGCGAUACCAUGUCAACCUGUAGGGUUCUCGAGGAAACGGAAAAUUUUAGACUACAAGUGUAG